AUGACGAGUCGCCGUCUUCUAGUCGUGCUCGUGGUGCUCGCCGAAUUGGGCUUCGGCGAGCCGCAAGGAUUGCACAGUGUGUUUCCGAGGAACGCCGAAUUGAAGACGAUCAACGAGCGUUGCGUCCGGAAUUCCGAGUGUCCGUCGGGCGCGUUUUGCCACGUCACGUGUCGAUGCAAAUCGACGCAUGUGCCGAUAUCGAAUCAGUGUUGGAAGAAAAUCGAUCCGGGCGUCGCCGGCUGCACCUAUCACGAGCAGUGCGACGCCGUCUGGCCGGGCACCCGCUGCGAGCACGGCGUGUGCCAUUGUCAACCGCACGAGAAGCUGGUGCACACGCGCGAGGGCUCCGUGUGCGUGGUGCCGGGCGCGUGUCCGACGAACGGCGUCCACGGUGCGCUGUAUGAUCGCGCGACGAAUCGCGUCUCGACGUGCCUCACGUUCGUCUCGAAGAAGGACAACAGCCAGUUCAUCGGAUGCGACGAGUACCCGGAGGUGUACGACUGCAUCGCCGGCGUCUGCUGCCCGACGCGCGGCCUCACCUGCAUUCUUCCGAUGAGCGAAGGCGAGCACCUUCUCGGAUCCAAGGAGGAGAUCCGAUGGUACUAUGAUCCGGUCGUCGGACGUUGCGACUCGUUCAAUUAUCUUGGCAAAGGCGGCAACUCGAACAACUUCCUCACACAGCUUCAAUGCGAGUCCUAUUGCAUGAAUCGCUGCCCGCGAGGCGAUCCCUUGGUCCUAUCGAACUCGGAGAACAGCGUUCGCAUCAACGCCGACAACUAUCAUUGCAGCGUCAAGGAGGGCGAUCAGCUUCAAUGCUGCCCGACGCCGUCAUUCAUCUGCAGCAGCAUGGGCGGCGUCAACGUCGAAGCGCACACGAUUCGAUCGUUCUCGAACGGAUCGCCGCGGCGGAUGAUCCAGAUGAUCCAUCGCUGGUAUUGGGACUCGAGCGGCCACGUGUGCAAACAAUUCAAAUACUACGGUCAAGGCGGCAACUUCAACAAUUUCGAGACGAAAGCCGACUGCACGAAAUUCUGCGGUUCGGAUUUGUGCGCGCACGGCUCGCCGCUUCGCGAUCCCAGCGAGAACGUCCAACGCUGCUCGACGAGCGAGCGUUGUCCCGAGACGCACGAGUGCCGCCACUCGUUCUGCUGCCCGAAACCGUCGACGGUGUGCUCGGUGAGUCUGGCGGCGCGUGACGACGCGUGCGAGCCGCGCGAGUCGCUCCUCAAAUGGACGUACUCGCUGGAGCACGGCAUGUGCAAAAGUGUGAUGGUGAGCUCGUGCCUUCACGGCGACAAUCAAUUCGAGACGCUCGAAGCGUGCGAAUCGGUGUGCGCCUCGAUCCAACCCGAACCCAAAUGCCCGAUCGGUCGCGCGCUUCGCACUCCCGACAAUGUCGUUCAACGAUGCGCGACGUCGAAGCCGUGCCCGCCGAACUACGAGUGCGUCUACUCGGGAACCAAUCACGCGUGCUGCCCGUCUCGCGAAUACGCUUGUAAGCAAUCGAUGACCAUCGGCACCACGUGCGGCGUCUCGACGCUCCAUCGCUGGCACUACGACGCCGGCAAGAACAAAUGUGUGAGCUUCGAGUAUCUCGGAUGCGGCGGAAACGACAACAAUUUCGCGACGCGUCUGGACUGCGUCGAAACUUGUCAGAAGUUUGAAUGCGCCGACGGCGGCGAUCCGCUCGUCGACUCGACGACCGGCGCGAUCAUCGAGUGCUCGCGCGACGACGAGGAUUGCCCGAGCACACACACGUGCUCGCGAAUGCUCUACCAGAAUCGCACGGCGUGUUGUCCGAAUCGCAAAUGGGUGUGCUCGCACGACGCCGACGAGGGCGUCGCGUGCGGCGCGCCGUCGACACGCUUCCACUUCGACGCCGCCACCGAAACGUGCCGCCAAUUCGAGUAUCUCGGUUGCGGCGGCAAUUCGAACAGCUUCUCUUCUCGGGUCGCCUGCUAUCAAUAUUGCCAGAGUUCGUCGUGCGCCUCAUCGGAGAUCGUCUAUCAGCCGUCGAAUCUCGACGAGCCGUUCGACUGCUCGCUGAAGCCGUGCCCUCGGCAUUUCGCGUGCGUCAAAAGCGUGUGGGACGAGACGCGAAGCGUGUGCUGCGGCAAUCCCAACUUCGGCGUCUGCCCGUCGACUCAACAUCCGAUGAUCGACUACAGCAGUCAGCAGCCGAUGGUGUGCGCGCCCAACGUCAAAGACUCGUGUCCGCUCGACUUCCAGUGCGUCUACAGCAGCAUUCGCGCGUUGUACUUUUGCUGUCGCGACAACACGCGCGUCGACAAAUGCCUGAAGGGCAGUCGGCCGGAGGUGUGGACGACGACGGCGGAGACGCGCGCGUGCUCUCGGCACUCGCAAUGCGGCGACGCGACGCGCUGCUUCGCGCCGGUGCCCUACACGAGCGGCGUGUGUUGCGCCAGCAUCGACGCCGUCUGCCCGGCGACGUUCGUCUACGAGGCGGCGAAGUCGGCGCUCGCCGAAUGCUCGCCGCUGAUGCGCCACAGUUGCGGCGGCGACGGCCAAUCGGUGUGCAUCUACGCGGAGGCGAAAGCGCGCUUCGUGUGUUGCCGACGCGAGCCGCGAGCGUCGUCGUCGCUCGACAAAUGCCCGCCGGGCUCGGUGCCCGAACCGACGCGUCACCACUGCGAUCCCGAGCAUCCGUGCGCCGCCACACACUUCUGCAUGAAGAAGGCCGCCGAUCGAAGCGGCAUCUGCUGCCGCCAUCCGCACCUCAAGCGCACCAAUCCGAAACCGAAGGAGGAGCUGGCGAGAUGUCCGAACGGCGAGCGAGCGUUCGCCGACGACGACGGCAACCUUCAAGUGUGCGCCGUCGACGCCGACUGCCCGCCGCUUCAUUCGUGCGUCUUCCAAAAGGGCCUCACGGCGGUCUGUUGCGGCGUCGACGAUCCGUUCACGAUAUGCGCGUCGGGCGUUCUGCCGACGUCGCGAGUCAAGAAGUGCGCCAUGUGCGCCCCAGAGCACACGUGCCAUCGCAACUAUUGCUGUCCCGCCAAUGAUUUGGUGUGCUCGCUUCCGCCACCACACCCCAUCAAUGAUAACAGCGGCAAGUUACGCUACUUCUUCGAUUCGGAGACGAACACGUGCCGAUCGUUCGUCAUCGACGAGGCGGCGCCGCCGCCUCAAAACGCGUUCUCCGAUCAUUCGGCGUGCAUCCGCGCGUGCGUCUACGAGCCGUCGUCGCGACUCGCCGAUGACUGCCCGCUGCCCUACACGAAUCCCGACGAUCAUCCCCAAUACUGUGUGAUUCAUCGAAAAUCGUGCGACGACAACGAGACAUGUGUGCUGAGUCGCGCCGGCGGCGCCUACGUCUGCUGUCGGAAGCCGCCGACGAAAAAUCUCGUGUGCGGCGACAACUACCUACCGCAAUUGGAUCGAAACGGCGCGCCGAUGCGUUGCGAGACGAGCGCGCAAUGCGCCAGCAAAAUUUGCGCCAAGUCGUCGACGUCGCCGACGCUGACGAUAUGCUGCCGACGCGUUCGAUUCAAACCCGCCGCGCGCCUCGACGACACCGAACAGCCGAUUGCCAACAAAUGUGUGACAAAGCUUUACCCCGGCGAAAUUGGGUGCACAUCGAAUGAGCAAUGCGUCGGCUCGACGUGCGUCAACUCGACAUGUCGGUGCUCUCAACGAACGGUGUUGUUUCGAAAAAUGUGCGCGUCGUCAUGUCCGCCGUUCUACAGAGCGCAAAAUGGUGUAUGCGUUUAA